CAAAGGGCUCUUACACAAUGGAGCUAAGCACUUUUCACAGUAUGUCUGCUGGCUGCUUUAUGGGGCCAUCCCUGUGUUCCCUCUGCAGAUCUGGCGGUGAAGGAGCUGCAAGGCAGUCCCAGCCCUCGGUGGUGCCAUGCCAUGUGCCUCAGUGACCUGGGGACAGCUGUUCUCAUUGGUGGAGAAGGUGUCAAUCAACAGUCCUGCAGGGAUGCUCUUUGGAAGCUGGAAAUUGACAGUGAUUUAUGGCUUCCAGUGGGUUUCCAGCUACAAAAUGCCAUGCCAUCAUGCUUGCAUGGUCACACAGCGACCUACGACCCGGACACCAAGCGUAUCUACAUCUUUGGGGGCAUAAGGGAGGACAAAGAUAACAGCAGCAUCUACAUUCUGGACACUGUCACCUGGAAAUGGCUCCUUGUGGCUGCUAAAGGGAGGAUACCAGUGCUCACCUACCACAGUGCAACUAUCUACCACAAGGAGCUCUUUGUUUUUGGAGGAACUUUCCCCAGAAAGGCAUCAGUGGCAGCUGCACCCUGCAGCAAUGUGCUCUAUGUCUUCAAUCCAGAGCAUGAAAUUUGGUAUCAGCCCAUUUCAGAAGGGGAGAAGCCACUGCCUAGGCUUGGGUUUCAUGGAGUACACAUCAGUCCCCCUCCUGGCAGGACAGCCUUCUGCACGUUGUGCCUGGAGAGGUGUGGUGCCACACAGAGGAAGAAACUCCUGUACCAGGACUAUGCUGCUCCUAAAGGGACAGAAUUGCUCACUAGAACAAUCUAA